GUUCCGUUCCCAAUCAACCGUUAGGCAAGCCUUUCUCCUUUUCUGCACUUUUCUGUACAUGUAGAUAUCUAUGCUUGUGUCUAUUAUAUUUGUAUGCAUUUACAUCAAUUAAGUUUAACCCUAGUUUAUUAAUCUUGAUUCUUUUAGUUGGAAAUGUCCCUUUCUUUUUAAUUAACUUUGUGCGUCUAAUACAAUAAUUAUAUUGAUGUCAAGAUCUUUAUAUUUGUGCAAUCACUUUGUUAUAUCGGCAGGCAUGAAGUGGGCUAGAGUAGUAUCAACGGGAAAUAAUUUUUUGUAGUUGUAUGAAAAAUUAUAAACCGAGGUGUGGUGGUGCGAAUGUUGUAUUCAGUCUGAAAUCACUCACAUUUUUUGAUAUAUUUACGGGUGCUCUGAAGUUCUUCCCCUUUUGUGUUGUUAGACGUCUAAAGCUUGGAUCUUUGGCAGACCAUAAGCAGAUAGUGCAAGAAGCACAGCAUCGCUGGCUUCGUCCAGCAGAAAUUUGCGAAAUACUACGCCACUACCAAAAGUUCUACAUAACACCAGAGUCACCUGUCAGGCCACCAGCUGGUUCCUUGUAUUUGUUUGAUCGAAAAUUACUGCGAUAUUUUCGUAAAGAUGGCCAUCGUUGGAGGAAGAAAAAAGAUGGGAAAACUGUCAAAGAAGCUCACGAAAAGUUGAAGGCAGGCAGCGUGGAUGUUCUCCAUUGCUACUAUGCCCAUGGAGAGGAGAAUGAGAACUUUCAGAGACGAAGUUAUUGGAUGCUUGAUGAGCAGUUGGAGCACAUUGUUCUUGUGCAUUACAGAGAAGUGAAAGAGGGCUACAAACAUAGUGUAUCCCGUUUGCUAAAUGCAGAUCCUGGAUCACAACUUGGAAGUCCUCAGACUAGUUCUGCAGCUUGCUUGGAACAAUCUCAUUCUCCUAGUCCCACAGGUACAACGUCAUCAAGUCCAAAUGCAUUUGAUUGGAAUGAGCAAACCUUGUCUACAGAGUUUGAGGAUAAGGAUUCUGGAGAAGAUCCACGAGCCACUUCUCUUGUUCAGCCAAUGCAUGGUUCUGUCUCUCUUGAGACUUCUUUUCGUACAGCUGAAACCACAGGAUUUUUGGAGAUGUCGAGGAAUCGUCUUAGUUCAGACUUUGCUGGAAUUAGUUUUGAUCCUGGCACUAGCUCCUCAAUAUGGUCUGAUGUUCAUGGCUCAAGCAGAAAUCCUAAUAUUGUCAACAACUUUGAGGAGCUAAGCACAGCUGAUCUUUUAUCUCAUAAGCCAAGAGAUACCGGAUUGUAUGCCAAUAACACUAUUCAAGAUGUAAUCUGUGGAGAUGGGUUGGUUCCUGAAGCUCCGAGAGUAGUUCAGGUGCCAAAAGAAGAAGAGGCGAGAAGGGCACAAAUCACAAUUCAUGGUUUAAGCUUGAAGUAUCGAUCAUCGGGCAUUAAGACGCUUCAUUCGCGUGGUCGUAGAUUUUUAUCGGAUGUGACACAAGAAAUUCUACGUUCAGGCCAUAUCAUAGUGGUUAAGGGAAGGAGGUGGUGGGGCAAGGUGCCCCAGAAAUGUGAUUUCCAUUUAUAUCAACCUCAUUUUCAGAACUAUUCUGACCUGCAAGCAAUAGUCGCCUCUCCUACCAAAACUAAAAACAGUUCUCAAGUAGGAGGUUCUAAUAAUGAAGAUGCUGGAGAGCUGAAAAAACUUGACAGCUUUGGCAGAUGGAUGAAUAAAGAAAUUGGUGGAGAUUGUGAUGAUUCAUUGAUGGCCUCUGACUCAGGAAAUUACUGGAGCACACUUGAUACUGACAAUGAUGAUAAGGAAGUUUCUAGUCUUUCACAUCACAUGCGGUUCGAUACUGAUUCUUUGGGCCCUUCUCUUUCUCAAGAGCAGCUUUUCAGCAUAUGUGAUUUUGCACCUGAUUGGGCUUAUUCAGGAGUUGAAACGAAGGUAUUAAUCACAGGUACUUUUUUGGGAGACGAGAGACAUUCUAAUGCUCAUAAAUGGUGUUUUAUGUUUGGUGAAAUUGAGGUCUCUGCUGAUGUUCUGAAUGACAAUGUCAUCCGAUGCCAAAUUCCUUUUCAUUCUCCUGGACGAGUUCCCUUUUAUGUCACGUGCAGUAAUAGGCUCGCCUGCAGUGAGGUGCGGGAGUUUGAAUUUCGUGAAAAACCAUCAGCAGUAGCAUUUUCUCUGGCUUGUAGAAGUGCACCAGAAGAUGAAGUGCGUAAUCAGAUAUGGCUCGCAAAAUUGCUAUGGUUAGGCCUGGAUAGGAAAUGGGUAAAUUGCUCUGUUGUGAAAUGUGAUAAAUGUAAAGUGAAGACUGAUAUAUUCUCAUUGAAAAGUGACUGUGACAAUGACUGGGGAAGGUACAAGGAGGUUCUUGCGAAGGUUGAAGAAAAAUGUGUUAAGCUUAGUGAUGUGUUGAUUCAGAAUCUCCUGAAGGACAAAUUAUAUGAGUGGCUAGUCUGUAAAGCACAUGAAGGCAGUAAAGGACCACAGAUUUUGGAUGAUGAUGGCCAAGGGGUCAUUCACUUAGCAGCUGCCCUUGGUUAUGAUUGGGCCAUGGGCCCCAUAGUUGCCGCAGGUGUUGGCCUGAAUUUCAGAGAUGUACGAGGGAGGACGGCUCUUCACUGUGCAGCAUAUUAUGGAAGAGAGGAAACGGUCAUUGCACUUAUCGGACUUGGUGUAGCUCCUGGUGCUGUUGACGACCCAACAUCAGCAUUUCCUGGAGGACAGACAGCUGCAGAUUUGGCGUCAAGUAGAGGUUAUAAAGGGAUUGCUGGAUAUUUGGCAGAAGCAGAUCUAACCGCUCAUCUUUCGUCACUGACUGUCAAUGAAAAUGAUAUGGACAGUGCUGCUGCUACAAUUGUGGCAGAAAAUGCCCUCAAGACUGCUGCACAAGAUGCUGUUCCAUUAGAUAGGGCAAUAGAUGAGGAACUUUCCUUGAGAGGCUCUCUUGCGGCUGUCAGAAAAUCGGCUCAUGCAGCUGCACUAAUUCAAGCGGCUUUUAGGUCUCGUUCAUUUCGACAUCGACAAUUUACUGAGAGUAGCAAUGAGGUUCCUGAUGUAUCAGUUGACCUUGUUACCCUUGGUUCUUUGAACAAGGGCCAAAAGAUGAGUCACUUCCAGAACUAUUUGCACUCUGCUGCUAUGAGGAUCCAGCAUAAGUAUCGUGGCUGGAAAGGGAGAAAAGAAUUUUUAAAGAUACGCAACCGUACUGUGAAAAUUCAGGCCCAUGUGAGGGGGCAUCAAGCUCGUAAGCAGUAUAAAAAGUUUGUUUGGUCCGUUGGUAUUGUUGAAAAGGCAAUACUGCGUUGGAGGCGUAAAAAACCUGGAUUGCGAGGAUUUCGGAUUGUAAAACCGCUUGACAAUGCUGUACCUGAGAUUGAGAAGAAUGAUGAGUACGAUUUUUUACGAGUCAGCCGAAAGCAGAAGUAUGCGGGUAUUGAAAAAGCUCUGGCAAGGGUCCACUCUAUGGCUCGUCACCCGGAGGCACGAGACCAGUAUAUGAGGCUGGUUACUAAAUUUGAAAACUCCAAGUUGAACACUGAAGGGAGCAACUGGUUGAGCAAGUCAAAAGAUUCUGAGAAGCAUUUGGGCGGAAAAAGCACACCUGCAUUCGUAGUAGAUUGA